UAUCAGAUUUCCAAUUUUCCCUCUCCCUCGAUAUACUCUCAAUCUGAUUAUCAAUGGCUCAGACGACGCCGAAUCACACCCAGACGGUCGCCGGCUGGGCAGCUCACGACACCUCCGGCGAGAUAACUCCUUACACUUUCAAACGCCGGGAGAACCGCGAUACAGAUGUAACGAUAGAGAUAUUGUACUGCGGAAUCUGUCAUACUGAUCUUCACCAGGCGAAGAAUGAUUGGGGGAUCACAACGUACCCUAUUGUUCCCGGGCAUGAGAUUACGGGAAUAAUUACCAAGGUGGGUAAAAAAGUGGAGAAUUUCAAGGUUGGAGAUCGAGCUGGAAUCGGGUGCCUGGCUGCUUCGUGCUUGGACUGUGAGUUUUGCAAGAGCUCUCAAGAAAAUUAUUGUGACCAGCUUCAGUUCACUUACAAUGGUGUUUUCUGGGACGGGAGCAUUACUUAUGGCGGUUACUCCAAAAUGAUCGUCGCUGACUACAGGUAUGUGGUGCAUGUGCCAGAGAGCCUUCCAAUGGACGCGGCAGCACCAUUGUUGUGUGCGGGAAUCACUGUCUUUACGCCUUUAAAAGACCAUAAUUUGAUUGAAUCUCCAAGAAAGAAGAUAGGUGUUGUUGGAUUGGGUGGCCUUGGUCACGUGGCUGUCAAGUUUGGGAAGGCAUUCGGCCACCAUGUUACUGUCAUUAGCACCUCUCCUUCUAAAGAGAAGGAGGCCAGAGAGCGAUUAGGUGCUGAUGGCUUCAUCGUCAGCUCCAAUCCCAAACAAAUGGAGGCGGGAAAGCGUACCCUUGAUUUUAUACUCGAUACGGUGUCAGCUGACCACGGGCUUGGGCCGAUCUUGGAAUUACUCAAAGUCAAUGGGACAAUGGUGAUCGUUGGAGCCCCGGGCAAGCCCCUUGAACUACCGGCUUUUCCUCUGUUAUUCGGGAAAAGAACCAUUAAAGGUGGGAUAAUAGGAGGAAUGAAGGAAACACAAGAAAUGAUGGACUUGUGUGGAAAAUACAAAAUAAGUUGUGACAUUGAAGUUGUGAAACCAGACAACAUCAAUGAAGCUUUCAACCGUUUGGCGAAAAAUGAUGUGAAGUACCGAUUUGUUAUUGACAUUGCUGGCAGCUCGUCCAAUUUGUAAUCGGAG